UGGUGGUGUGCUAUCAAAUUUCAACCUUAUUUCAACUGGGCUUGUGGCUGAGAAUCACUUAGCCUACAAACGAAACCUUUGAAUGAACACGAACCAAAGGGAACCUUGGACGAACCUCCAUCUAGGGUUUGCACAAUCCCAAUCAAUUGAGUUCGCAGUUCCGUUUGCCGAUACUUGCCCAGACAGUUGCUUGAGUCAUCAUAAGCAGCCAUAGUUGAUUUAAUUAAUAGGACAAUCGCAUGUGAUUUUCGAGGACCUUUAGAGGUGACAUCUUACUUGCACUGAAGGACGAUCCAAUCUCCGAUCUCGACAUCGACGACCAGGAAGCGCCUCAAUAUCUCCGUUACUGUCGUUUUUCAUGAGCUCAUUGAACCCCAUUUUCUGUAGGAAUUAUUUGGGACGACAGUGUUGCUAGAGAACACCGAGUUAGCUUCACAUUAAUCUCGUUUUGUGAACUGGAACGCAAAGUGCCACUGGAAAGACAACCGGAAACUGGGUUUUGUUUUUCUUUGGAUCGGAAGCGGAGAACGAUGGGUUUAUAGUGGAGUUGAGCAUUCUGGUGGAUACCGUAGAGUCUUGUGGAGGCAAGUUUUUGAGGUUAAGCUGCGCUAGCCGACCGAGUUGAAGUGAAUUGAAGUUGGAGAUGAGGUUUUGUGGUAGAUCUAAAGUGGGAGACAGGAUGGCGGUAUUCGUGGAAAACAGACUCUGGCUGAUCUUUGGAUUAGGGUUUUGAAGUUUGUGUUGUUUUAGUGAGAUUGAAGGUUUGAGAUUCGUUUGGGAGUUAGGAAGGAUUAUUUGAAGACUGUAGGAGGGUUAAAGUUGGUAUGGCAGCAAUGGGGGUGUCUGGAGCUGUCGUUGCAGUGUCUCCGAAGCAUUCUUCUGGGUUAAUGGUGUUUUCAGGUGAGAAAUGUCACGGCACCUCUGGUUUGCCGUCUAUGUCUCACUUCUUUAGUCAGAGAUAUGGAAUGGGAUCGUUGCGUGGCGAAGUUGGGCGAAGGAGAAGGGAUUCCGCGAUGUCAGGAACGUGGGCGUAUGCCACAGAUGCCGAUUACUUCGGGGAGGAUUUCACUUCAAGCACUGGCUAUUUAGGAAAUAAUAUCAAAUGCAAGAACUUGUACGAUUGUCUUGGCUUGAGCAGAUUUGCGACGCAAGAGCAAAUAAAGGCAGCGUACCGUAGCAAGGCACUUAAGGUGCACCCCGAUGUAGUGUCUGAGAACAAGAGAGAAGAGGCGUCAAAGGAGUUUCAAGAGCUCAAUAGAGCGUACGAGAUACUUUCCAAUCGUCACGAGAGAGCAGCUUAUGAUUUAAAGCUUAGGUUUCAAGAAAGAUCUCCUGUUUCAAUACCGACUUCACAAUGGGGGUUCAUAUCGGUUCCUUCCAACCCCGAUGAUCCUAAUGGCAGCAUUAAAUUCAGGGGAAGGAAGUAUUACGAGUCGGAUUUUUUUUCGUAGGGAGUUCAGCCGGAGAGAUUCGUUUUUAUAUCUGUGGAGGGCGGAUCUGAGGAACUCAGUCGCGCUCCCUGUAAUGUACAAAUAUGUUUUAUAGCGUCUUAGGUUGCGAGGGUCUCUAUAUGCAAGGGCGAAUGGAGGAGCCAUUUGACUAUGGGUUAGCGGAUGGGUGCUGCUGAAUUUGCACUAAACGUGUCUAGAAAUUAGUUGUAGGAUACUUGAUCAGCCCCUGUCAGCUACCUCAGCAAUUGUACAUGCCUUGCACAACACGACCUUUCGGAUUUGCCGAUUGAUAAGAUUGCUACUUUCUUUCCAGCUCUUCGGCAUUUUGUGAUGUGUUUUUUAAGAUUGCAUAAUUUAUUCUUAUCCUUCACCGGC